AUGUCGCACCAAGGCUUUCCCAACGAAGAUGCGGCCAUCACCCAUCUCGUACACAACCUUGUCGAGAAUGCUGUGCGCUCUGUUGAGGAAGUCCCAAUCCCUUUGACGCCACGAACUCCUACCCAGUGGCCCGUCGAAGAACUUGCGACCCGGGAGGCCCUGCGAUACUCCAUUAGCCCUAGUCACGUCAAGGAUCUCCUCGACUUCUCCGCCCUCAACUACGUCGAAGAACCCGACGAUAACCUACUCUGCCCAAUCUGCAAGCUGCCCGUCAUCACCCCGAUCAUUACGCCCUGCGACCAUACCUUCUGUCUGGAAUGUCUGAAGCGCCAUGUUCACUCAUCCGAUACCUGCCCCAUCGACCGGACGAGAUUCCGAGCCAGGGACUGUAAGACGUCGAGACUUUUGACGAAUAUCCUCGAUAGCCUGGUAGUCGAAUGCCCCAAUACUGAGCGAGGGUGUGGCGAAAAGAUGAAGCGCGACGAGGUCGUCAAGCACACAAUCAGUUGCCGAUACACGCUGCACGACUGUCCCGAGAAAACAUGUGAUAAGAGGGUGGAGCAAUGGUUGGCUGUGUCCGGCAAGUGCUGGCACUUUGAGCAGACGUGCGAAUACUGCGAGGAGAAGAUGGAAGCGGCGUCGAUGGCCGACCACAUCAACAAAGUGUGCCCGAAAAACACGACGGACUGUACUGAGUGUGGAGAGACCAUCAAGCUCUCCGAGUUGGGACAACAUCGCGACGAACAGUGCCCGGAAACCUCGGUCCCUUGCACAUAUCAUGACUUUGGUUGCAAGCACGAGGCACUUCGCAAGACACUAGCGACUCAUCAAGACGAGUGUAUCUUCAGGGUGGUUGCUGUCGUUGGAGAAAAGGUCAAAUCACAAGAGAAACAAAUCGAAAAACUGCAGAAGCAGACGGAAGACCAGGAGCGACAAAUCAUGGCAAUGAAGGACGAGCGGCGAGACUGCAUCUCCUGGGACGACGUAUUCAACCUCAACAACGUCCAAGGCGGACCAAAGUUCAAACCCACCGAGGCUGUCAUGACUAUUUACGAAGACAUGGAACGUCGCAUGGAGGAGCUCAAGAAAGAGUUUACAGACCUCGAGGGCCGUCAGACAGUGAUGGUCCUGAACCAGGUCAUGCCGAUUAAGGAUCAGAUCACCGAGAUCAGGAGCAACUUGGGCAUUCUCAAGAUGCACAUGGCAUGGCUCAUGAACAAGAGCCGAGAGGAAGUCGAGCGCAGCCGGUUGGCCAACCGUAGCGUUGGUAGCACCAGCCGUACGAGGGGCAGCUCUGACAGCGAUGGCGAGGCCACUACUCCGAGUACAUCUCGGCGGCUGAGUGAUGGGUCAAAUGGCAUCCCCCGCCUUUGA